AUGGAUGACACUGAGGAUGAUGCGUGGUAUCCACCAGACUCCUAUGGGAUGACUCAGGGUUACGGGUCAUCAAAUCGCCCGAAGCUUCCUGUUCGGAAUGCUUCUUAUCCUCAUCAUGUUGGUAAUCAGUAUGUUGAAGAUGAUGAUAUUGAGGAAGAAAAGUUCAAUGAAGAAGAAGAAGAAAAUGAUGAUGAUGAUGAUGAUGAAGACAAUGGUUUUCAUCGGAUGGGCAAAGAUGGGGAUGAUGAUGAAGAUGAAGAGGAAGAGGAUGAGGAUGAUAAUUACAAUGGGGAUGUUGGAGAUGGUGAUCUCCAAAGGCACCAAAAGAAGAGGAAGUUGAAGAGCCUGUUAUCAAAUUAUGAAUUUGCUCCUCGAGUACCACCUUCAGCAACAGUGGCUGCUUCAGCGCCAAAACCCUCCUUUGGUGGACGGAAUUCACUUACAGAUUGGACAGAACAUGAAACAUUUGUCCUUCUAGAUGCUUGGGGUGACAGGUUUCUUGAACAUGGGAGGAAGAGUCUUCGAUCUGAGGAAUGGCAGGAAGUUGCAGAGAAGGUUUCACAGGAGUCAAAGAUCGAUAGAACAGAUACUCAGUGUCGAAAUCGUUUAGAUACACUGAAAAAGAAAUACAAAAAAGAGAAGAUGAAGUUAGCAGGGAUUGGAAAUCCCUCCAGUAAAUGGGUAUAUUUUAAGAAGAUGGAUUUGUUAAUGUCAUCAACACCACAGCAAGCAGGCCUUUCAUGUGGAGUGGACUCGGGUGAAUAUGUUUUCAUGAACACCAGAGUCUAUCUAAACCGUGCAAAUGGAUUAGAUGAGAUGAGGGAUAGCCCAGGGAAUUCUGAAUCUGCAGAGGGUGAGGAAGAUGAUUCAGAAGGGAUUCCACCCAAGAGGACACGGAAUGGAGGGGAGAGAGUUGAUGGAGCUUCCUUCAGAUUGCUUGCAGAUUCCAUUCAGAAAUUUAGCGAGAUAUAUGAGAAGAUUGAGAAUAGUAAGAGACAGCAGAUGCUAGAACUGGAAAAGAUGAGGAUGGAUUUCCAUAGAGACUUGGAAUUGCAAAAGAGGAAGAUUUUGGAGAGAGCACAGGCGGAGAUUGCAAAAAUACAUCAAGGAGAUGAAGAGAAUUAUGUGUCCACUGAGAACGUCAGUGGGUGAUGUAUCUAGCCCUCAUUAUCUUCCUUUAUUCGUAUUUACUUUAUUGGCUGCUUGCCAUUGUUGUAAUGUACUCUGGGGCUUUGUGUCUUCUUGGGUUAAUAGUUUGCUAGGGAAAUAAAAGUGAUUUGAUGAAGGGAUGUGUUUGGAAGUAUUAGUUCAAUUAGAAGUUAAAAUAAAACUUUUAAGAGAAUGCUCUUUUCUCUUC